ACCCUCCUCCUCAUCAUCAUGGGCACGAUGCAGGCCUACACUCCCCCUACCACCUCUCUACCGCCACAAGGAAGGCCCUUCGAGCUACGCCUCUCCCCCACCAACUCCUCCCAGCUGCACAAUCAUACCGCCCUAACCCCGCUCAUCUUCCUCCUCCGCGCCGCCCUAAUCCACCCAAAGAAGCUCGCGAUCAAGCACCCAGAGCGUGGCUGGCAAAUCACAUUCGACGUCUGGGCAGCACGAUGUCUCAAUCUAGCCUUUGCACUCAAGACUCUCGGUGGGAAAAGAUCCUGGAAGAGCCCACCACUGCAGUGGGAGAAGGGCAUGCGCGUAGCCAUCCUAGCACCCAAUGCACCCAUGAUCCUCGAUGCUUACCACGGCGUGCUAGCCGCGGGAGGGAUCGUGGUACCUCUGAAUAUCCGCAAUACUCCUGCAGAACUUCAGUACGUCAUUGAGCACUCGGGCUCCUCGAUCCUCCUUGUAGACUGGGAAUUGGAAGCACAACUCACCCCCGAGGCUAGAAAAGGUCGGCUGGUCAUCAUUUGUCGUGAUUCGGGUGGACAGGAUAAGGAGGACGAGUACGAGGCUUUUUUGGCUCAUGGAAGACAGCAGUGGGAUCUUGCACAGCAGGAAGAGGCAAAGCGACACCCCGAAGCACCCCUCUCCGACUGGGCUCUGCUCCCCUCUCCUCCCGAAGACUCACCUUGUGCUCUUUGCUACACAAGCGGUACGACAGGUAGACCCAAGGGUGUUCUCACAACGCACAGAGGCUCCUAUCUCGCUGCAAUAGCAAACGCCAUUGAGGCCUCCCUCACACCAGACUCAACGUACCUCUGGGUUCUACCCAUCUUCCACGCCUGUGGCUGGUGUUUCCCCUGGGCCUCCACCCUAAGCUUCUCUACCCAACUUACCCUUCGUAAAGUAGAUCCAGAGCGAAUCUGGAGGGCCUUUAGAGAGGAAGGGGUAACACACUACUCGGGUGCACCAACUGUGCAGAUCUCCCUUGUUAAUCACCCGGGGGCAUCGCGCUUACCGCAAGAGGUGAAAGUGGCAGUGGCAGCUUCGGCACCUACGGCGGAUCUAUUGAGGAGGAUGGAAGAGUUGCACUUGCAUCCCGUGCAUGUGUAUGGAUUGACCGAAAGUUACGGACCACUGGUGCGUCGAUAUCCCAAGCCAGAGUGGCAAGAGCUUCCCCUGGAUGAGCGGGCGAGAUUGAUGGCCAGGCAGGGUCAUGGAUUUGCUGCUGCUGAUGAGGCGCGGGUGGUGAGACUCAAGGAGGUUCAAGGUGGGAAACGAGAAGUGGUGGUGGUGAAUGUAGAUGGAGAGGAGAGAUUGGUGGAUGUGCAGAGAAAUGGGGAGGAGAUUGGAGAGAUUGCACUUAGGGGGAAUAUCGUCAUGCAGGGGUACUAUCGCGAUGAGGAGAGCACAAAGGGGACAAUCAAGGCGGGCUACUUCCUCACUGGGGAUCUCGCAGCACGUCAUCCGGGCGGAGAGAUCGAGAUCAAAGAUCGAGGCAAAGACGUGAUCAUCUCCGGCGGGGAAAACAUCUCCUCUCUAAUGGUCGAGUCGGAACUAGCCUCCCACCCUCUCGUACUCGAAUCAAGCGUAGUUGCCCGUCCGCACGAGAAGUGGGGGGAGAGGGGUCAUGCAUUCAUCGUCUUACGCUCAGACUCUCCCGUAACUCCACACGCUUCUCCUCAAUCUCCUUCUUCUUCUCCUUCUCAAUCUCAUUCCCAAGGAGGAGAAGGAGAAGGAGGAGGAGAAGUGGGAGAAAAAGAGAAAGAGUUGGUAGAGGAUCUCAAGAGACACUGUAGAGAUCGGAUGAGUGGAUUUGCUAUUCCUGCUUGGUGGACCUUUGUGGAAGCCCUACCCAAGACGUCUACGGGUAAAGUGCAGAAGAAUGUACUUAGAGGGAGGGUGGCGAAAUUGUAGAGCGAGGAGGGAGCAGAGAGAGAAGAGAGAGGAGAGAGGAGCUGCUAUUGAGUCUGAGGAGAGCAGCGUGCCACAUUGAAUGAGAAUAUACACGUACACAUAUAUCA